GUGAAGAAAUUGCUGGACAUGGGAGCAGAUCCAACCAUCAUGAAUCACAACGACUCCACUUGUCUUCAUGAAGCUGCCGCUAACUGUAAUCUCAGUUUGGUCGAAGAACUACUCAGACAUAAUUCCGUGGUGAAGGAGAUCGAUGUGUGUGAUAACAACGAUCGCACACCUUUGAUGAGAUGCGCUGCCAACGAUACCGUAGACCAUCAAGUGGCAGAACUACUAAUCCGUCUGGGAGCUGACCCAUCAUACCCUGGCGACAAGAGUGCUCUUUCCUACAACGGACGUACAGCUCUGCAUUAUGCUGCCCAAGUCAAUAACGUCCAGAUGAUUGAGUUUCUCAUAAGUAGAGAUGCCAAUAAGGACGCCCAAGACCUCGAGGAUCGAACGCCGCUCUUCCUGGCUGCUUCGCAUGGUCAUUUAGAAGCAGUACAAGCCCUCGUCAAAGCGGGAGCAUCUCUUGAAAUCUCUGAUCGGAAGGAUCGAACACCUUAUAAGGUAGCGGAGGAGAACGAAUUCCGGCAUCUAUUGGAUCUGCUGGAUCCGGAAGCAAAAAAGGCCAACAUCCUAUUGCAAAUCGUGGCUAACGGGAAGACUACUGUAAAGAGCAGUUCUCGUCAGGUCAAGCGUAUACCAGUGAAACGUCGACCACAGCCACUCACUCCUCCGCAUUCCGAUGGAUGUGGUUCAACACCGUCGCCUCGAGCCGCUUUCGGCGCUCCAUCUCGACCAGUCGCUUCCGUACUGGAUUCACCGUCAAGUGAUCGUACCAGUAAUGGUAACGACGGAUCUUCACCCGGUUCCCUGCCUUUGGCACUUCAUUCGUAUUGGGCAUCAGAUGUUUCACAUCAUUCACCACCAUAUGAAACAACUGAGCUGGGAAUAUGCUCAUAUUACAACAAUUAUUCGAUACCGAAUCCUGCAUAUGUAUCACAGCCCGUAGCCGAUAUCCCAUAUUCUUCAUGUCAACAUUCGGAACGAUCCACAUAUUACAGCAAACAGGUGUGA